GCCAUACUGCAAUCGAUACCACUACUAUGCCUCGCCUCGCCAACUUGCUUUUUACUUCCAUUACCCCAUCUUAUCUUCCAACGUAUGUCCCAGGGAAGACACCGCUUUCAACUUGGCCUGUAGUUUUCACGACUCUCGUUUCAUACCUUACUGUUGUCUUCGGUAUACGUGUGCUGAUGAAGGACCGGUCUCCUUUAAAGCUCAACGCCUUGUUCCGCAUUCACAAUCUAUUCCUCAGCGCAGGAAGCCUUGUGUUAUUGGUUUUGAUGCUCGAGGAGGUCGGUUUGGUAUGGUGGCAAAGUGACACAUACAGUGUGAUGUGCGCUGAUAGUUCAUGGACCGAUAGGCUGGAAUUUUACUAUAUGAUCAAUUAUUAUUUCAAAUAUAUAGAACUUUUGGAUACCAUUUUUUUGGCAUUCAAGAAGAAGCCUCUAGCAUUUUUGCAUGUAUUUCAUCAUUCUGCUACAGCUCUUCUCUGCUUUACACAACUAAACGGCAAAACUAGUAUUUCGUGGGUCGUCAUCACGCUGAACUUGGGCGUGCAUGUUGUCAUGUACUAUUACUACUAUGCUACUGCAGGUGGAGCCAAAAUUUGGUGGAAGAAAUAUCUCACGACAAUUCAAAUCGUCCAAUUUGUGAUCGAUUUAUUUGUAGUUUACUUCGGAACCUAUCAGCACUAUGCCUUCACUCACGCUCCUCACAUGCCUCACAUCGGAAAUUGUGCUGGCACUGAGAGUGCUGCAUUAUUCGGCUGUGGUCUUCUAUCUAGUUAUCUGAUCCUCUUCAUCAACUUCUACAUUCAAACGUAUAAGAGACCAGCAAUACAAUCAAGCUCGCGCGGGAACGGAACUGUCAGCCGCGAUAUUAUGAAUGGCAAUGGGUGCACACAAACUGGAUUAACAUAACCAUGGGUUGCCCUUAUCUCAUAAACGUAUAAUUUGUUUAUGACUACAGUUAGUACACAGCCAAUAAUUAUAGUCGUCUCUGCGCAAGAUGUGUGCAAUGGUCACCCCAUCCUAUGUCACCUUUCGCACUGUACAUCAGAGAACCUCGGAAGUGCACCUGGUCCUCCCACACUUGAGAUUGAGGAGAAUUUUCACCCUGCGAAAUAUGAUUGAAAAUUGUAACCUAAAUAUAAUAUUUAUAUCACCAAUUUACCUACCAAAAAGUUCAUAUUUGCCAUCAAUAGAAAAAUCCAUUC